AUGCGCGGCCGAGGGGAUGCGCGCAGCUCGCGGGCCCUGCCAGUGAGCUGGCGCCCAGCGACCUGGCACCCGCGCCUGGAUAUGGGGCGUCUAAGUCGUUUCAGGAGCAGCACCAGCCACAGAAACCUUCCGCAUCUGCUUCUGUUUUUCCUCUUCGUGGGACCCUUCAACUGCCGGGCGAGUUACAGCCGGGCCACGGAGCUUAUGUACAGCCUGAACGAGGGACUGCCCGCGGGGGUGCUCAUCGGCAGCCUGGCCGAGGACCUGCGGCUGGUGCCCGGAGCAGCGAGGCAGGACCCGCAGUCGCAGGCCCUGGAGCACAGCGGCGCCAAGCGGAACACUCCUCUCUCCUUCAACCUGGCCUCCCAGGGACUGAGUGGCCAGUACGUGACCCUAGACAACCGCUCUGGGGAGCUGCACACUUCUGCCCAGGAGAUCGACAGGGAGGCCCUGUGUCUUGAAGGAGGUGGAGGGGCUGCCUGGGGGGGCAGCAUUUCCAUCUCCUCUUCUCCUUCCGCUGACUCUUGUCUUUUGCUUCUGGAUGUACUGGUCCUGCCUCAGGAAUACUUUAGGUUUGUGAAGGUGAAAAUCGCUAUCCGGGACAUCAAUGACAAUGCCCCACAGUUCCCUGUUUCCGAAAUAUCGGUUUGGGUCCCAGAAAAUGCACCUGUAAACACCCGGCUGGCCAUAGAGCAUCCUGCCAUGGACCGAGAUAUAGGCACUAACGGAGUUCAGACCUACCGCUUGCUGGACUACCAUCGUAUGUUCACCCUGGACGUGGAGGAGAAUGAGAAUGGGGAGCGAACCCCCUACCUAAUUGUCAUGGGACUGUUGGACAGGGAGACCCAGGACCAGUAUGUAAGCAUCAUCAUAGCUGAGGAUGGUGGGUCUCCACCACUGUUGGGCAGUGCCACCCUCACCAUUGGCAUAAGUGACAUUAAUGACAAUUGCCCUCUCUUCACAGACUCACAAAUCAAUGUCACUGUGUAUGGGAAUGCUACAGUGGGCACACCGAUUGCAGCUGUCCAGGCUGUGGACAGAGACUUGGGAAACAAUGCUCAGAUCACCUACUCUUACAGCCAGAAAGUUCCACAAGCAUCCAAGGAUUUAUUCCAUCUGGAUGAAAACACUGGAGUCAUUAAACUUUUCAGUAAGAUUGGAAGAAGUGUUCUGCAAAUGCACAAGCUCACCAUUCUUGCUAAUGGACCGGGCUGCAUCCCUGCUGUGAUAACUGCUCUGGUGACCAUUAUCAAAGUCAUUUUCAGACCACCUGAAAUUGUCCCUCGUUAUAUAGCGAAUGAGAUAGAUGGUAUUGUUUACCUGAAAGAACUGGAACCUGUUAACACUCCAAUUGCAUUUUUCACCAUAAGAGAUCCAGAAGGUAAAUACAAGGUUAACUGCUACUUGGAUGGUGAAGGACCAUUUAGGUUAUUACCCUACAAACCAUACAGUAAUGAAUAUCUGCUAGAAACCACAAAACCUAUGGAUUAUGAGCUACAGCAGUUCUAUGAAAUAGCUGUGGUAGCCUGGAACUCUGAGGGAUUUCAUGUCAAAAAAAUGAUUAAAGUGCAACUUUUAGAUGACAAUGAUAAUGCUCCUAUUUUCCUUCAACCCUUGGUGGAACUAACCAUUGAAGAAAACAACUCACCCAAUGCCUUUUUGACUAAGCUAGAAGCUACAGAUGCUGACAGUGGAGAGAGUGGACAAGUUUCAUAUUUUCUGGGACCUGAUGCUCCAUCAUAUUUUUCCUUAGACAGUGUCACAGGAGUUCUGACAGUUUCUACUCAGCUGGAUCGAGAAGAGAAAGAAAAGUACAAGUACACAGUCAGAGCUGUUGACUCUGGGAAGCCACCCAAAGAAUCAGUAGCCACCGUGGCUAUCACAGUGUUGGAUAAAAAUGACAACAGUCCCAGGUUCAUCAACAAGGACUUCAGCUUCUUUGUGCCAGAAAACUUUCCAGGAUAUGGUGAAAUUGGAGUAAUUAGUGUAACAGAUGCCGAUGCUGGGCAAAAUGGAUGGGUUGCCCUCUCCAUGGUGAACCAGAGUGAUAUUUUUGUCAUAGACACAGGAAAGGGCAUGCUGAGAGCCAAAGUCUCUUUGGACAGAGAGCAGCAAAGCUCCUAUACUUUGUGGGUUGAAGCUGUUGAUGGAGGUGAGCCUCCCCUCUCCUCUACCACAAAAAUCACAAUUCUCCUUCUAGAUAUCAACGACAACCCACCUCUUGUUUUAUUUCCUCAAUCUAACAUGUCUUACCUGUUGGUAUUACCUUCUACUCUCCCUGGAUCCCCAGUUACAGAGGUCUAUGCAGUUGACAAAGACACAGGCAUGAAUGCUGUCAUAGCUUACAGCAUCAUAGGGAGAAGAGGGCCUAGGCCUGAGUCAUUUAGGAUUGACCCUAAAACUGGCAACAUUACUUUGGAGGAGGCAUUGCUGCAGACAGAUUAUGGGCUCCAUCGUUUACUGGUGAAAGUGAGUGAUCAUGGUUAUCCGGAACCUCUCCAUUCCACGGUCAUGGUGAAUCUAUUUGUCAAUGACACUGUCAGUAAUGAGAGCUACAUUGAGAGUCUUUUAAGAAAGGAACCAGAAAUUAACAUAGAGGAGAAAGAACCACAGAUCUCAAUAGAACCGACUCAUAGGAAAGUUGAGCCUGUGUCUUGCAUGCCCACCUUAGUAGCUCUGUCUGUAAUAAGUUUGGGUUCUAUCACUCUCGUAACAGGGAUGGGCAUAUACAUCUGUUUGAGAGGGAAAAGGUAUCACAGGGAGGAUGAAAAUUUGGAAGUACAAAUUCCAUUAAAAGGAAAAAUUGACUUGCAUAUGAGAGAGAGGAAACCAAUGGAUAUUUCUAAUAUUUGA